UAGAAGACACAGCCGGUGGAAGUAUGCUAACUGUGGGAGAGCCUCAAUUCAAUUAUUAAAUUAAAGCAUGCACACUAAGCUACUUAUCUAGCUUAUUCACGAGCUCGCUUGGGUAGCCAGUGAAAUCACCAACAGAACUUCGCUAACUGUUCUAUAUCAAGAGGAGACUAGCUCGGGCUAGCAAUUCAACUAGCAGAUAGCUAACGUUACAGAUGCAGCCAUCAAACUACAGGUGGAAACUGAUAGCUUGCUAAAUUAUUCGGCUAGCUUGAAGCAUUGCAAGAUUGCACCAAGCCAGACCUUUGAAUUGGCUAGCCCCUUGUGCUACGAAGAAAUACAGGCUCACUGACCGCUAGCAAUCUUUUGAUUAAUUCAAAGACUGAGGGAAUGGACUUUACAUUGGACUUUGCGGCAGGAUGCAUAGGAGGUGCUGCAGGUGUUUUGGUUGGCCAUCCUUUUGAUACUGUAAAGGUACGACUCCAAGUUCAGAGUGUGGACAGACCUCUGUACCGCGGCACGUAUCACUGCUUCCAGUCUAUCGUACGACAAGAGUCGAUGACAGGGCUCUACAAAGGCAUCGGCUCCCCCAUGAUGGGCCUGACCUUCAUCAACGCCAUCGUGUUCGGUGUCCAGGGCAACGCCAUGCGCAGGCUGGGCCACGACACGCCGCUCAACCAGUUCCUGGCUGGGGCGUCGGCGGGCGCGUUGCAGAGCGUCAUUUGCUGCCCUAUGGAGCUGGCUAAGACACGCAUGCAGCUGCAGGGCUUGGGCGAGAGGAAGUCCAAGCAGAAGCUGUACAAGAACUCACUGGACUGCCUGGUGCGCAUCUACCGGAAGGAGGGCUUCUGCGGAAUCAACCGGGGAAUGGUGACCACGCUGGUCCGCGAGACGCCGGGCUUUGGGAUCUACUUCUUGACCUACGAUGUCCUGACGCGCCACUUGGGCUGCGAGCCCGACGACCCCUACAUGAUCCUCAAGUUGCUGUUCGCCGGCGGCAUGUCGGGCAUCGCCUCGUGGAUCUCCACCUACCCCGUGGACGUCAUAAAAUCCCGGCUCCAGGCGGACGGCGUGGGUGGCCACAACAAGUACAACGGCAUCGCAGACUGCAUGCGUCAGAGCAUGAAGCGGGAGGGCUGGCGGGUGUUCACGCGUGGCCUCACCUCCACACUGCUUCGGGCAUUCCCAGUCAACGCCACAACCUUUGCCACCGUGACUCUGUUCCUCAUGUACAUGCGGAACGACGAGGGCGGCAUCACAGACUGCGAGCCCCUACCCGCCCACUCCUCACUCACUGCGAGCCCACAGCAGGCCCAGCCCUCAAGCCUGUGACCUGGGGAAGAUGGUGCUUCUGCUCUGGUGACCCUUACUGGAGUGGAGGUGGUCCCACAGUGCACCAGUUAAGCUGCUGAGACCUGAGUGACUUGACCACUAGACAAAGGAUAUUUUUAUACAACGUAUUUUAAGAUUGGAAAACUUUGGUUGUAAAUAUUUACGUGUCCCUUUUUGACCCUUGGUUUUGUACAGAGCAGCCUUUUUUUCGGUUAAUUAAUUUGUCACUGGGGGAAGAAAGCAAUCACACUGAAAAAGUACUCAAAUUACUGAUCUGGUCAUCCUGGUUACAAACAAAAACACCCUUAUACAUGUAUGUAUGCACAGCUUAGUAUAUUUAUAUUGCAGGGUUGGAGAAACGGAUUACAUGUAACAUAAAACUAAUCCGUUACCGGCAAAAUUAUUGUAAUCAGAUUUGAUACUUUUGAAUUCAGAAAGGGUGUUUGGGGCCUGGGAAAUUGGACUCCUUUCCAUUUUCUCCUGACAUUCAAAUCAGCAAGUUUUUAAAGAGAUACUUAAAGAUUUUAUCUACUUCCCCAGAAUCAGAUGAACUCAUGGAUACCGUUCUUAAUUCCGUGUCCAGUAUGAAGGAAGUUGGAGGUAGUUUCGCUAGCCAAUGACUGGAAGUCUAUGGGUAUCUGCUAGCAGAUGCCUAUAGACUUUGUCAUUAAAAUGCAACAUCCAUUAUGGCAAGCCCUUAACAUUGAUUUAUCCUGCAAUAGAUGUCAUUCAAUUGGUAAUAUUAAUUUUUGUCUUCUAAUGCAUCUUAAGGGGAAAGUAACAAAGUAAAGUUUGAGUAAUCCAAAAGUUACGUUACUGAUUAGAAUUUCACAUGUAACUAGUAAUUAACGGAUUAAACUACCCAACCCUGCUUAUGUAUGUCUGAAAAUAUGUACAGUCGUGGCCAAAAGUUGAGAAUGACACAUUCAUUUUCAGUCUGCUGCCUCAGUUUGUAUGAUGGCAAUUUGCAUAUACUCCAGA